AGGGGCGCGAUGGCGGCGGCCGCGCCGAGAGCCGGCCUGCGCGCGUGGACCAGGGCGCGCCGCUGCUUCUCCCGAGCCGGCGGCGGCGCGGGGCUCCUGGCCGCGGGCAGGGGCCACGAGCCGGAGAGCCGGGUUUCAAGUUUCUGCCCUCCAGCACAUUCUUGCAAUGAUUGGAUUGGUCCUCCUGACAGACAUUCAAACCUCCGACCAAUAGUAUUUCAUAUUCCUAAAAAUGAAUCGCCACUGGGACGAAGACUUAGGGAAUUUAGACAGGAAACUCAAGUUUGGAACCAACAAUUCUGGGCAAGCCAGAAUGUGUCAUUCAGAAAGGGAAAAGAAGAAUUCAUUUACUCAAGACUGAAGGCUAAAGGUCUGGAAAUGAAAGAUGAAACAGGUCAAAAGGUAACAUUGAGUGCAGAAGAAAUGGCAGAUUUUUACAAGGACUUUUUAAGUAAAAAUUUUAAAAAGCACAUGUGUUAUAACAGUUGUAUGGCAGGAAUGGGCUCCUCUGAGUGUCCCCUGAAGAAAACCACUCUAUUUCAACCAGCCCCCCGCGGCUCAGCUCCAGAGAGACAAGUGCAGCCCCACAGGUGGUGGGAAGUAGAGACUGCCUGGAGCCAGAGAAUGUAUGACAAUAUGUCCACAAUGGUGUAUCUAAAGGAAGAGAAGUUGGAGAAGCUUACUCAAGAUGAAAUAAUUUCUAAAACUAAGCAGGUGAUUCAGGGACUAGAGGCACUGAAGAAUGAACACAAUUCCAUUUUGCAGAGCUUACUUGAGACAUUGAAAUGUUUGAAGAAAGAUGAUGAAACUAAUCUGGUGGAAGAAAAAUCAAACAUGAUUCGAAAGUCGCUGGAAAUGUUGGAACUUGGACUUAGCGAAGCACAGGUAAUGAUGGCCUUGUCAAAUCACUUAAACGCAGUGGAAUCAGAGAAGCAGAAAUUGCGUGCUCAGGUUCGCCGGCUAUGCCAGGAAAAUCAGUGGUUGCGUGAUGAACUAGCCAGUACUCAACAGAAAUUACAGAAGAGUGAACAGUCUGUGGCUCAGCUGGAAGAAGAAAAGAAACACUUGGAAUUCAUGAAUCAGUUAAAAAAAUAUGAUGAUGAUAUUUCUCCAUCAGAAGACAAAGACACAGAUUCUACCAAAGAACCUCUGGAUGACCUUUUCCCCAAUGAUGAAGAUGACCCAGGGCAAGGAAUUCAACAGCAGCAUAGCAGUGCUGCAGCAGCUGCUCAACAAGGUGGCUAUGAAAUUCCAGCAAGAUUAAGGACUCUUCAUAAUCUGGUUAUCCAGUAUGCUUCCCAAGGUAGAUACGAGGUUGCUGUACCCCUGUGUAAACAAGCACUUGAAGAUCUGGAGAAGACUUCAGGUCAUGAUCAUCCAGAUGUUGCCACUAUGCUAAACAUACUUGCUUUGGUGUACAGGGACCAGAACAAAUACAAAGAUGCAGCAAACCUCUUGAAUGAUGCCUUGGCUAUUCGUGAAAAGACUUUGGGCAGAGAUCAUCCAGCGGUGGCAGCUACCCUAAACAAUCUUGCAGUGCUUUAUGGUAAACGAGGAAAGUACAAGGAGGCAGAACCUUUGUGUAAGAGAGCUUUGGAGAUCAGAGAAAAGGUCCUGGGGAAGGAUCACCCAGAUGUUGCCAAACAAUUAAAUAACCUGGCCUUACUGUGUCAGAAUCAGGGUAAAUAUGAAGAGGUGGAGUACUACUAUCAAAGGGCACUUGAGAUCUACCAAACUAAACUAGGACCAGAUGACCCAAAUGUAGCAAAAACAAAGAAUAAUCUGGCAUCCUGCUAUCUGAAACAGGGAAAAUUUAAGCAAGCAGAAACUUUAUACAAAGAGAUUCUUACUCGUGCACAUGAAAGGGAAUUUGGCUCUGUAGAUGAUGAAAAUAAACCCAUCUGGAUGCAUGCUGAGGAGAGAGAAGAAUGCAAAGGAAAGCAAAAAGAUGGCUCGUCCUUUGGAGAGUAUGGUGGUUGGUACAAAGCUUGCAAAGUUGAUAGUCCAACAGUAACAACUACCUUAAAGAACCUUGGAGCACUUUACAAACGUCAAGGCAAGUUUGAAGCUGCUGAAACAUUAGAAGAGGCAGCAAUGAGGUCUCGUAAGCAGGGUCUUGACAAUGUUCACAAACAGAGAGUUGCUGAAGUGCUAAAUGACCCCGAGAACAUAGAAAAAAGGCGAAGCCGAGAAAGCCUCAAUGUCGAUGUGGUAAAGUACGAAAGUGGCCCUGAUGGAGGCGAGGAAGUGAGUAUGAGCGUAGAAUGGAAUGGGGAUGGCACUGGAUCUUUAAAACGCAGUGGUUCCUUUAGCAAGCUCCGUGCUUCAAUUAGACGCAGCAGUGAGAAGCUGGUUAGAAAGCUGAAGGGAGGAAGUUCACGAGACAGUGAACCAAAGAAUCCUGGCAUGAAGCGUGCCAGUUCUCUGAAUGUUCUUAACAUGGGUGGCAAGGCUACUGAAGAUCACUUUCAAGAACGAAAUAAUUGUCUGACAGACUCAAGAGCUCUGAGUGCCAGUCACACUGAUUUGGCACAUUGAAGUUCUUGGACAGAAACUAGCUAAAAUUUCUUUGUGAAUAAAGAAGCACUGAGACUCUCAAAGCUUUGGUUCCUUAUCAGUCUCUAUAGGAACAUCUAAUUUGUAGACUCUUUUGCAAUGGACUGCUGUUUUUACUUUUCUAAAAUAGUAGUGACAUUUUUAAACAUAGUGUUAGUGGAUAUUUUCUUCUAAAGAGAAAUGAUAUAUAUUGCUCAUUGCACUGCUGUCAUUCAUGCUACGUAUGUCGAUUUCUGUUAACAGAUCUGAAUAUCCCAGCAGCUGAAAACUGAAAAAAUAGAAAUGCAUAUAAAACAUACCAAAAUGCAAAGGAGUAUAAAGGUUCUCUAUAUUGAUAUUUGAAAAAAGAUUAAAUGAAAUGUGUAGCAGAAAAUAUAUACAGUGCUUGAAUGAGACAAGUGUCGGUUAUGUGCAUUACUGUAUAAAUUCAGAAUGGGGUAUACUGUAUUGGUGUGACUUUGCCUUGCAUGACUGAGAGUCACAAUUUCAGAUAUCUUGCCUGAAAAGUAGAGCUUAAAUAUUGGAUUCCUUAACCAGUAGAUCUAGAAAAUAAAUUUUGUAAUGGAAACACUUAGACUACCUUAACUAUAGGUGGCAUGCUUAUCAAUACCUGUAACUAUGAAAUUUCCUAUCUUAUUUAUUGAUGUAGGUCUUAAGGCCCAGUAAUCAGUGGUAAUCGUACAGUUCAUUUUGAUCAGGGGGAAAUGGCAAACGUUUUGGCCUGUAUUUUUUUUUUUUACAGUAGAUGCAUAUUGAAGCUGUGGGGUGCAACUGUCCCAGAGCAGCAGCUGCUGCUUUAAUGCAAAAUAUUAUGCCUCAGGUUGCUGACACUUUUCGUGCCUGUCCGCUGAAGUUCUUAUCCCUUAGUUCUCUUUAGGCUAAAACUACUCCAUUGUUUCUUCAUGCUUGUUUCAACUCUUGCCUCUCUCCAUAUUAGUUGAUGGCAACAGGAGCAAAUGAAGCAGGUGACUGCAUGCUAGGCUGUUAUACUGUGGAAUAGCUGCUGUGCAGAGGACCUACUUGUGAAACUCUCCACUUAAGUUUAAUAUGUUUAGGGCCUCAUCAGAAGCACUAGAUGCCCUUAUUUGGCAGACAGGUCACAUUUUUGAUCAGCCAUCCUUUUUUAAUCUGUAUACAAUUAAUAGAUAUGCUGUCUGUAUUCAGGCCUGCUGCUGGGACUAAGUAUGUAAUGUUUAAGUAUCUUGUGAACACUAACAUUUUCAGUUUGUUUUUUCUGUAAAAUAUGUGAUUUUUAAAACUCCACACUUAGAAUUUUGCAGGCAGGUGAAAACUGUUAUUUACAUGCAAGUGGAAGGAGAAGGUAAAAAUGUGCAUGUGUUUGUGAAUAUAGAGAAAUAAUUGAAAUAUACAGAACAAAAAGAUAACUAUGGGACAAGCUGGAAUACUAAGCCAAGACUAACACACAUUGAGAUAAGAUAGAGGAAGGUAAACAAUAAGUUUUGGUAUUUGAUCAGGCUGUGAAGAACUCACUAGACCGAAUACUUUUAUAACUGCUUGACCAACUUGCAUCUGGUUUUAAAGCUUAUUUUAAUGACUGAUGCAACAAGUUAUAUGUGUAAUGCACUUAUGUUUACUAUGAGGUACUUCAUUAGCAUCUCUGUAAAGAAGAAAAUUGUAUAUAUGGUAUACUUGCCAUAAAAACAGUCCAGAAAUGGAAACAAGAUGCUGCUAAUGUGUAGUGGUUUUAGCGCAGACUAGUGCAAUUCAUUGAUGAACUUGAGAACAAAUUGUUGCUCAGUUAUUUUAUAGAUGUAGACAUAAUGUGGGCUCGAAUUUUAAUUUUUUUUUAGAGAUCUUAUAUUAUUUUAAUAAAACAUCACAUAUAUGUUUGGUGGAUUCAUAGUUCUCUGCACAAAGUUUGAAGUAAACUAGCUUUGCCCGUGGAACUAAACAGCAGUUGCUGGGUGGGUAAGAUGGUAUCCAUUGCUAACUGAUGGGCAGGCCACAGGGCUACCACAACUGCUUUGUGUCAGCUGUCCCUUUUGCAAUGACUACGAAGGAUUUCUAGUGCAAAGGCCUGCCCUACAAGUCAGUCUUUGCUGGUAUAGGAGGAGAUAUCACAGUAAUAGUGGCCCAGAGGACUUUUUACAGGCCCUUUACAUCCAACGUGACUUUCACCAAUGUGAAGAGCACCUAUAAAGGUAUGACUUUGUAGAAAGGUAGCUAUUCUAACCCAAAGAUGACUUUGAGAUUAGAUAUUUGGUGCAAUCUAAGAACUUGUUUCCAAGCCUUUAUCUUUCAAAUUUGAAUUAAUGUUUUUGCAGCCUCUCAAAGAACUGGAACUUGUUGUGUAAAUAGAAAUCUGUUUAAAUAUUUAAAACUUAAUUCAGACCUGCUUAACUAUACAUUUUAUUAAAUGGUCUUUAAAAUUCAAAACUAGAGUAUGUCAGACGCUGGUGUUAGUGGAAUCUCAACUUUAGGUUUUUAAAUAGCUCAAUAAAAUAUUGUAGGUGGUACUAUUAGUACUGUGCUUACAGAUGUGACUUGCGUACUUUGUUAUUUAAAGAAAUCCUGUCAAGGAAUCAUAAGGUUAAAAUGUUGACCUACUUUUCUAUCCCACACCGCCUUCCCAAACAAAACCACUCUUUUAACAACUUGCAAAAUCUAUGUAAUUUUUCUGUGGAUUUUGGUAUCAAACUUCCUUCUGUUUAAAUGAUCCAAAAAAUUACUUUGCCAGUGUAUGCAUCUGUUUGUUUUUAAGUGGACUUCUGAGUUUACUUUUAAAUAAUCGUUGACACUUCCAUUUUAAUUUUUUUUGCUAGACUCCGUCAUGUUGUGCACCAUUUGCGAUCAGGACUGUCACUAUUUGUUCUUGAUUGAAGAUCUAAUUAAAUAUUAUGGUAAAAUUUAGCAGUGAUUCAUAAGCUCCCUUUGUAGAUGGGUGACUGAACUAGCAGUUUACUGUUUGUAAACAAUGUCCCCAGUGGUAGCAAAGUAUUUAAAACAAACUAUGGAUGAACUACGUUUGACAUUUAUUUUCAUGCUUUUGUAUUUUGUUAAGGAUGAGUGGUAGUAAUUCAAAAAGGUUUAAGCUUGAAGUAUCUAUGGUUAAUCUGUACAGUUAAAGGAUUCCAUUGACUUAAAAAACAAAAGAGAAAACCAAGCAAGGUUGUGUUAUGUAUGUACCGUUAAAAUGGGGUGUGCAUGCAGUGCUUCAUCUAAUGUAUGUUUACAGUAUUUGAUAGGUUCAAGUGUACAAUUUUGUUUUUGUCAAGUUAAGUCACUUACUUUGUCUGAAAGCUGCUAAGUGUAUGUAUUGCAUUUUAGUAAUCAGUGUCUGCCUAUAUCAAAAGAAUAAAUAUUGGAAGGAAAGCAUGAACGUGUAAAGUUUAGUUUUAUAGUACAGACUUUGCAUUAUGAUAAAAAUGUAUUUUUGUAAAUGCAUGGGUAUAAAUACUCUUUAAAAAGUAAAUGGUUAAUUUGUGAGGGGAAGUUGUGAAAGUUUACAUUUGUUUCAAAUCAUUUGUAGUCUGAGUACUUUGAAUGGAAGAGGUAAGUAGUGUGUUUUUUUUGUUUUUUUUAAAGUCGAGCUAAAUGAAAAGUUACCCUCACAUUCAUCACCCUGAGUUCAGCAGCCCUAAAAUACACCUUCUUGGUGAAAAAAUGAAGGCUUACGUGAUAGAGUGGCAAAACUCUUUAUAUCCCUGUAAUACAAUUGUUAUGACUGCUUUAAAAUAGGAAUAAUUUAAAAGAUCAUAGCUAAAAUUCAGUGGUUAACAUUCCACCUGCAUUUUAAAGCACUGAAGAUGCCUAGGACUGUAAAAGUAUGGCAGAUUAGUUCUACUUUGGUUUUGUUAAUGUAUACUAAGAACUACAUACAAUUUGAUAUAAAAAGAAUACUAAAAAUUGGUAAAAUAAUGAGGAAUCUUCAGCAUCUUGAUGUAUUCAUCAGAUACUGUCUCCAACUUAAAGCUCUAUGAAGUUUUUUAAAAUUAUGAAAAGUAUUUUCCUAUGUAACUUGGAGGCUGGUGUAACAAAAUUAACAAAUUAAGAAUGCACAGCUCAAGUUCUAUUAAAUAACUAAGGGUAUUUUGGUUUUGUUGGGUUGGGGAGGAAAAUGGAGGUUAGUAACAUCUUUUAAAGUAGAGCUCUGCUCAGAUACAAAAUUUGUAUCUACAUCUGGUCCACAGAUAUUAGCAGAUUUGCAGGGCUCUGUCUUUAAGGAUAGUAAUGGACAAAUUGGAGACAAAUUGGAGGAUUGGGCCAAAAGAAAUCUGAUGAGGUUCAAUAAGGAUAAGUGCAGGGUCCUGCACUUAGGAUGGAAGAAUCCAAUGCACUGCUACAGACUAGGGACCGAAUGGCUAGGCAGCAGUUCGGCAGAAAAGGAGCUAGGGGUGACAGUGGACGAGAAGCUGGAUAUGAGUCAGCAGUGUGCCCUUGUUGCCAAGAAGGCCAAUGGCAUUUUGGGAUGUAUAAGUAGGGGCAUAGCGAGCAGAUCGAGGGACGUGAUCGUCCCCUUCUAUUCGACAUUGGUGAGGCCUCAUCUGGAGUACUGUGUCCAGUUUUGGGCCCCACACUACAAGAAGGAUGUGGAUAAAUUGGAAAGAGUCCAGCGAAGGGCAACAAAAAUGAUUAGGGGUCUGGAACACAUGACUUAUGAGGAGAGGCUGAGGGAACUGGGAUUGUUUAGUCUGCAGAAGAGAAGAAUCGGGAGAUUUGAUAGCUGCUUUCAACUACCUGAGAGGUGGUUCCAGAGAGGAUGGUUCUAGACUAUUCUCAGUGGUAGAAGAGGACAGGACAAGGAGUCUCAAGUUGCAGUGGGGGAGGUUUAGGUUGGAUGUUAGGAAAAACUUUUUCACUAGGAGGGUGAUGAAACACUGGAAUGCGUUACCUAGGGAAGUGGUAGAAUCUCCUUCCUUAGAAGUUUUUAAGGUCAGGCUUGACAAAGCCCUGGCUGGGAUGAUUUAAUUGGGGAUUGGUCCUGCUUUGAGCAGGGGGUUGGACUAGAUGAUCUCCUGAGGUCCCUUCCAACCCUGAUAUUCUAUGAUUCUAAUGUCACCUUUCCCUUUAAGUCCAAGUAAAAAAAAAUCUGUGGAUUUAGAUUACAAACGUUAGUUUUAAAACCUUCAAAGACUGGUUUUGAGGGUGCUUGUGUUGAUCUUAGCUCUCAAAUACUGUACAGUAUAUUUCCAACUGUUGAAGGAGAAACAGAACCCUGAAUUCCUUUCUUGAAGGGUAAGAACUGAAAAGCUUCAAAAUAAAACAAAACCUUAAUCAUAACAAAUAUCAGUAAAUCACUGUGAUUUAAAUGCAGAACUUGUCAUGAAGUUAAAGGUUAGGCUUUUUAACUAGAUCUGUUGUGUUAACACUUUAGUUCCGUAAAUGCACUUUUUUAUACACCAGUGUCUUUACAGUGCACAGAAUAACUGUCCUACCAUUCUAAUUUUCAACAGCAAUCUGGUUCCAGAAGCAUAUCAUGUUACCACUGAAUGUCUCUUUACAUUGUAUCUGUUACAGAGCUAUGGUUUGAUUUGAUGUUUAUUUUCAAAGUGCAAAAAUAAAAUAUUUAAAUGUAAUCUUACAAUAAUUCUAUGUAAAAUAAAGAUGGGUGUAUUUAUGCAUUUUAGAAUGUAAAUCUUUCAUGUAAAAACAACUUAGUCAUGUAUUUUUCCUGUACAGAAGCAAACCUCAGUUGUGAAACCCAAAGAUUAAUAAAGCUAUAAUAAGGGACAGUUCCUAAAUAAAAUGCAUUUAUUACAUAAAAGAAAAAACUUCUGGAACAGCUGUGACUUACAAUGGAGAGUUACAGUAUGUUCCUGUAUUGCUGAUAAUACUCUGCUGAAAAAUAAGGAACACCCACAAAAUAAAUACUUAGCACUGUAUACAGAUCUGCUUUUCAUGGGUUUUACACCACCUAACUUGUAUUGAAUUAAAGUGUAGUUCAUAAAUGCAAUUUUAAGAUAUGUGAACCCUCUAUACAGCUAUAGCUGAUGAAAUAAAAUACAGUAAAAAAUUCUCUUAAA